ACCCGAAAAUGGAGUUGCUUUUGGUCGUGACGGUGUACAAGAAUCUCCGAUAUGAGCAACAGUGCAACACUGCCGCAGAAACUUCCAGAGAAAGAGCUACGGAUCCAGCGUCUUGUUUUAAGCCGUAGAAGAAGCCCACACGUCCGUAGUACGUUGCAGACAUUGAGAACCGAAUCAAAAACUCGCAGAGAGUUUGCCUAUCCUAGCUAGGCACUGUGCUCUAAGCACAAGUAGCUUCACCCAUGCACCUGCAGAUCAGCUGCCUCGCGGCAGUCCUCCUCGUCCAUGUCGGCGGUGCCCCGGCGGCCAACGCGGCGCCGGGCACGUUCGUCUACGCCGGGUGCUCGCCGUCCAGGUACGAGCCCAACACCGCCUUCGAGAGCAACCUCAACUCCCUCCUCGCCUCCAUGUCUUCCGCCGCGUCCUCCGGCGCCACCUACAGCAGCUUCACCUCUGGCGCCGCCGGGGAGGAGGCGGUGGCCGCCGCGGCCGAUGGCGCGGGCCCGGCGCCGGCGUCGGCCGCCUACGGCCUGUACCAGUGCCGCGGCGACCUGCGCCCCGGCGAGUGCGUGUCCUGCGUGCGCGACACGGUGGCUCGGGUCGGCUCCGUGUGCGCCAACGCGCGCGCGGCGUCGCUGCAAUCGGACGGGUGCUUCGUGCGGUACGGCGCCCGCGGCCUCGUCGGCCGCGAAGCCGCCGACGCCUCCGUGGCGUACCGCCGGUGCAGCGCCGGGACGAGCGGCGACGCCGGGUUCCUGAGCGCCCGCGGCGCCGUCCUGGCGGAGCUGCAGCAGGGCGUGGGGGCCACCACCGCGUCGGGCGGGUACAAGGUGAGCGCCUCGGGCCCCGUGCACGGCGUCGCGCAGUGCGUCGGCGGCGUCCCGGCGAGCGACUGCGCCGCGUGCGUGUCGCAGGCGGUGGCGCAGCUCGCGGGCACGUGCGGCGCCGCGCUCGCCGCCGACUUGUACCUGGUGCAGUGCUCCGUGAGGUACUGGGCGAACAGCAACUACUACCGAUCGUCGCAAGAUAAUUCGGGAGAUGACUUUGGGAGGACCUUGGCAAUAAUAAUCGGUAUCAUGGCCGGGCUAGCACUCCUCGUGGUGUUCAUCUCCUUCCUCAGAGAAGCUUGUAAUUAAGCGCUCCUGAUUCAAGUAUCUUUCUCUUGCCGCCUGGCUUGAAAAAAAAAGGAAGAAGAAACGGAGGCUAGCUAUCUCACAAGGAAGAGAUCGAUGGAUGGUUCAAGGGAAGGUUUCCUGUGAAGCCGUCAAAUUGACUGUACCACUCGAAAGCAGCUGCUUCGAAUAGAGCAACAAAGUAUCAUCGGCGUGGAUGCAUGGAGCCGCAUCCACGCAUUUUGCCGGUGACGUAGAUUAAAUUUCUUGCAUUCUUCAAAUUGUUUGGACAACAGUUAUGUUUCCGUUUGAUCUUAAACCUGGCCUGCUUGCAAAGUA